UGUCCCUUUGCCUGCUCUGCUCUCCUCUGUUGUAUCUAGAUCCAUCAACAGGACUGCCGCGUGAAUCGUGAUGCAGCAGCAGGAGAUCCAUCUUCGUCGAUUCAUGGAGCAUCAGCCAGACGAGUGCGCGCUGGAGGAGCUGGAGCUGCCCACUGUAGACCUCGAGGCGGAGGAGCCGAGCCUGACGGAGCAGCUGGCGGCGGCGUGCCGGGACCCGGGCGUGUUCCGGCUGGUCAACCACGGCGUCCCCUGCGACCUCACCGCCCGCCUGUUCGGGCUGGCGCGCGGGCUCCUUGAGCUGGACGCGGCCAACAAGUCCCGGCUGCCCGGCUACUUCUGUGGCACGCCGGCGCUGGCGGCGCUCCCUGUCAAACAGCUCAAUUGGCUCGAGGGGCUGCACGUCGAGGCCGACGACACCGGCGACCGUUCUCAUUCUUCUGCUGACGCUGCUGACGGUGAAGCAGGCGGCAGUGCCUUGGCGGAGUUCAUGGAGGCGGUGAGCGGGGAGUACGUGGCGCACAUGGCGCGCAUCGCUCGCAAGCUGUUCGACACCCUGGCCUGCGGCGAGCUGGGCCUGGACGAGGAGCAGCGGGCGUCGUACCUGACGGAGCGCGGCUGCAUCUUCCGCGCGUACCGGUACCCGGCUACUGCGUCGGGCGCGGGGCGGCGGCAGCUGGGGAUGGAGGCGCACACGGACAGCUCGGUGCUGUCGAUCCUGAACCAGGACAGGGUGGGCGGCCUGCAGGUGCUCUAUGGUGGUAGGUGGCUUGCGAUGCGGCCUAUGGAGGGCGCGCUGGUGGUGAACGUGGGCGACAUGCUGCAGGCGAUGAGCGGGGGCGCGUACCGGAGCCCGGAGCACCGGGUGGUGGCGCCGGGCUGGACGGAGGUGGGCAGGAUGUCGCUCUGCUACUUCGCGUUCCCGCAGGAGGACGCCGUCAUCGUCGGCCCGCCGUCAGCUUGUCGUCAGGAGGAGUUGUACAGGGCGUUCAGCUACCGUGAGUUCCGGGAGCAGGUGCAGGCGGACGUGAAGGCCAGCGGCUCCAAGGUCGGCCUCGCCCGAUUCCGCGUCCCCGUGAGUCAAUCAUAGUCAUGUUCAUUGGACGGGACGGACGGCGCCUUGGAACAAGCCUGAUCGAUCCAUUCUUCUCUUCUUGUCUUGUUGUCAUUUUGUAUAUGUAUAUGGUUGUAGCGGGCCGAGAAAGCUUUUACUCCUACUAAUUAGUGGGCUGGGCUCUUUGUUUUGUUUGUUUGGAUCGAUCAGAUCAGAUCAGAGUCCUUUUAUCUGGCUGGGUUCCGUCCGUACGCACGAGUUGGUUGCGGCACAGUCGGUCGAGUUGGCGCACGCACGCACGGCAUGAUCGGAACGAUGGCC